UCCGUGUACAAAUAUAUGUAUACUAGUGAUUAUAUGUGAUAGUACACGUGUCUGGAGCCAGUGAAGUUACUGUGACUUCAUACAGGUUGGAGCUCCACGUUGAAAUCCACCUGCAGCUGGAGGUAAUCGCCACCUGUCGGCUAACUAGCUAACAAGCUAACUGGCUAACACGCGAUCUGAGAUCCUAACGUCUGGAGCGGCAGAGACAGUUGCAUGGAUGUUUGUCCCACGUGAUCGAUGGUUAUUGAUUUUACUCGCCGCGUAAACAGGGUUAAUUGUCUGUGAAGAUGGAUGUGUCUCGAUCGUACAGCCUAACCUCCUGCGUAAUCAAGCUAACAUGAGCCACAUGUGUGUCAGGGAUUCAUCAACCAAAGAAGAGAAGGCAUCACAGGCAACAUAUAAAAGGUGUUGCUCGGUGGACAGAUUCCCUGCAGCCUGCAAAUGUUUAAUCCCUCGCAAGACCGAUGGGCAGCCGAAAAUAAAACGACUGAAAACUCGCAAGGAGAGGAGGAAAGAGGCUUCAAAGACGAAACCAUAUCACCAUCACUGCCAUUGCCAAACCAGUAAAGGCAGGGAACAUUUCCAUAACUCUAUUCAUGGAAUCCGUAAUUCAAGAAAAGAUGGCCCAUUUUCAAAGGUCGUUACCGCCACACAGGAGCCCAGCAUCAUCACCGACAGCCGCCUGAUAGGACACCAUGGCCUGUUCAACCACGAGGUGAAGUCCAUUGACAUUCAACGCUUGUUAGGUCAAAAGGGGAGACUGGAGACAGGUGGACAGGAAGCACAAGAAGAGAACCAUCCAUCUUUGACACCUCACAUUCCCUCUCCUUUCUCCAGUAGAGAUUUGUUAGAGGCCGGUACUGAUGAGGUUUUGCCGUUUGAGAGGAAAGAAGACGGUGCUGCGAAGACGCCGGUUGUUUGUCAGGAAAAAGAGAAGCCAAUCCGUCAUGAGUCUGAUAUUACACCUGGGCAGAGACCACAGCAACAACAUGAUCUUUCAUCUGAAAGCAACAAAAGCAUCUUCUCAUCCAAGCACAGCUCCCCUGAAGUUAUUAUAAGUAAGGAGGUCAACUCUGUCAUACACCAGAAGGACCAAGAGUUUCAGCUGACUCCCACUGUCGACAGAGACAUUGUGAAGAAGUCUUAUAAGAAGGUAAAGAAGAAAUUGAUUUCUACUCCGAGGAACCAGGCGCCUCCUGCUCAACAGGCACACGCUCGUCGUCUCAGCCCAAGUCCACUUCAGCUCUCCAGCUCACCUGCCACCAACAGCUUCCUCACACAGCACAGACGACGAGAUCCUGGCUGUAUAUCGAAGUGCGUCUCCGCAGUGGGAGCACGUUUGUCUGACUGUCUGCAGUUCCCACGUCUGAGGAGCAGAAACCUUCUGGCAGAGAGCAGGGAGGUGCUGCUGAAGGCCCUGAGGGAGAGGCAUGGACCCCGGCUUCAGGAGAACCUUCUCUAUCAGCAGCGCCGCCGCCACUUGGAUCGUGACCAGGAGGCAACCAUGAUAGAUAAAAGUCAGCACUCGUCUACAGAUGCAUCAGCCUUUCAAGCCGACGCGCUCGGUUCGCCAUGUUCUGACGCCACAGCCUUGAGAGAAAGGAGAAGCAAGCAUUUUAACCUGAAGUCCAGUCUGCAGCCACAGCAGAGCCGCAAAGGGAACGCUGACUCAUUGAAGAGACCUGUGGAUUCUUCUGCCAGGCCUUCGGAUGAUAUCCUCAGACUGAGUUCCUUUCCCGAGUUCCGCAAGAACGUUGAACCUGAUUAUUUGUUCACAUCCUCUCCCACCUCGUGCUGGGGAGACAAAGCCUCAGCAUCUCAGCGAUGGGAUGUGGGUCUCAACAGGACUAAAUGCAAAGAGUCCGUCCUUUUUGAUCCCUUUGAUAACAGCAUUAGCGACCAUACCAGAACAUUCAGAGAGAAGAGCUGUGGGCCUCAGUAUAACGACACUAAGCCCCUCUUUCCUUAUCAAACACACAUGAUAGAUAGACACUCAGCAGGGCCAAUGCACUUUCCACAAGAGCAACACCCGUUUCAAACCGACAGAUUUUCUUUCACUCCUUCCUUCUCCUCCCAAAUUCAGCAUCCUAAUCCCAGCAGCAUCUUCCCGCCUUUCAACCAAUCCAGACCCGCGUUAACUUGCCCUCCCAUCAGCUCCUACCACACAGACAUGAUACACUACCCCCCCUCUCACAUGCUAGAAAGAGACCCAGCACCUCGUCUUUCCUCUUUACCAAGCCCUGAGCUCUGGUCCUUCCCACCUAUGAAACUGUACUGAUUUGUCUUUGACAAGUUGUUUGUUUGACCAACUAAACAAAAUGUUUAUCUUUUUCACAGA